UUCCAAUAAAAUUAUUCCCUCUUUCUUCGCCUGUAAGAUCCAUUUUUCUUCUUUCAGUUUUUCUCUCUUUCUUUCUUUUUUCAGUUUUUAAGAACCAAAUCAUUUUCCUUAUACAAUUUGUUCAAAUAAAACAAUCACUGAUUCUUUAGUUUCUCUCUGCGUUUGCGCAAAGCAUGUUGCAUAGAAGCUUCAAGCCCGCCAAGUGCAAAACGGCAUUGAAGCUCGCCGUUUCACGCAUAAAGCUUCUGAAGAAUAAGAGAGAAGCUCAGGUGAAGCAACUCAAGAGAGAGUUGGCUCAAUUGCUGCAGUCUGGUCAGGACCAGACUGCUAGAAUUCGGGUUGAACAUGUUGUCCGGGAAGAGAAGACCAUGGCAGCUUAUGAUCUUGUUGAGAUAUACUGUGAACUCAUCGCAGCACGCUUGCCCAUGAUUGAAUCACAAAAAAACUGCCCCGUUGACUUAAAGGAAGCAAUUUCAAGUGUAAUAUUUGCAUCUCCAAGAUGUUCAGACAUACCUGAGCUCAUGGAUGUGAGGAAGCACAUUACAUCUAAGUAUGGAAAAGAGUUUGUCUCAGCAGCUAUUGAAUUACGCCCUGACUGUGGUGUAAAUCGCUUGUUGGUUGAGAAAUUGUCUGCUAAAGCACCUGAUGGUCCAACCAAGAUAAAAAUAUUGGCUGCAAUUGCUGAGGAGCAUAAUAUCAAAUGGGAACCCAAGUCAUUUGGAGAAAAUGAUGUGAAGUCUUCUCAAGACUCAUUGGUUGGGGAAAGCAUGUCUGAGAAGACUGCUUAUGUGGAACCUUCUCAAAUCAAUGUUCCACCUGUCCAUGAUGAAAAGGGUCCUCCUAGUUUACAUGCUUCAUCACAACUUAAACCAAUGCAUGAUGUAUCUACAAAUUCGUAUGAGCAGACUGCUAGUGGUGCUGCUGGAAAGGCUAGUGGCAAUCAGUCAACAUCAGGCGUGUCUAAUCCAGAAAUCAGAUCUUCAGGAAUUGGAAGUAAAGAAAUGGAUUUUACAGAUUCAUAUUCUGAAAACAGGAAUGCUUUUCCUAUGGGUAGGCAAAAUUGGAACAUGGAAUUCAAGGAUGCUGCUUCUGCGGCCCAGGCAGCUGCAGAAUCUGCAGAACGUGCAAGCAUGGCUGCAAGAGCAGCUGCAGAACUUUCAAACCGUGAAAACAUGACAAGGCAGUAUUCAGGUGGAUCACAUAGUGCUUCAGGCAGUGGGUUGAGAGAUGAAAGACCUCAAGAAUAUGCUUUCCAUGAUUACAAAAAUGUUUCUACAGGAUCUGUUGAUAGCAACUUCCACAGAAAUAGUUCUGGGAUACACAAUGAACAAAUUACCACUAGAGAACAAGAUAAUCUGGCAGGACCACCCAAUGAAUAUUACAGGAAUCAUCGUGAGAAUAUGGUGAAACAUGCCUCGUCAGCUUCAUUGACGUGUGGCAGUGCUUUCGGUGAUGAUGAACUAUUUACUAAUGAUUCUCAAAUGGCUGAUAGCUAUCCCCAUGAUCACUCAUUUGAGCAAAAAAAUAGUGACUUAAAUAAAAUGAGUAUGAAAAAGCAAGCAAGCAAAACUGAAGAAUAUUUUGUAACUGAUAUACAUGAUGACCAUGAUUUGAACACUGAAAACAACUAUCACUUUGGAGAUGCAAGGACAAAUAGUCAUUCUAGAAAAACUUCCUCUUCUCGUCUCAUUCCUCCAAUUGAUGAUCACAGUGAUAAUUUGGAGUCGAGUGGCUGGAAGAUGGGGAACAAUGCUGUGGAAGACCUUUAUGUUACUGAUCAAGGAAACACUCAAGGAAAUUCUUUGGAAACAGGUUCUUAUAAUGGUACUUCUGUUGUAUUUGACGAUUAUGGAUCAGAGGAUGAUGAUUAUAAAUUUGAUGUUGUUAAUAAAAAGUACAGUGGUGAGGGAUCUAGUUUGUUUGUCUCAUCGAACAGUAGCAAAUCACACGUUGUUCCGUUAGAAAAUGCAAAUUCUUGGAGCCAUGGACAAAACGUUGAUGAGAAAGUGACUAGUACACAGUCACAUAUUUCUGUUGUUUCUGAAAGAUUGACAAAACCUGCAGUUUCUUCUGAAAAAGAAGACUUGUUGCCUGUCACUUUUGAUGAUUCAGAUGACCCCAGCUCAGAUAGCGAAGUGGAUUUGGUCAAGUCUAAGGUUUCUGGGACCUCUGAUUAUGGAAAUUCUUUCCUUGAACAGAUUGCAAACCACGAGGCUCCAGGGUCCUCAUCAAGAAAUGAUAAACAUGUGGGCAGUGACAGAAAGUCUUGGUUGUCACCAUCUUCAGUUGAUUUCAAUACUGUGGAAGAGCAUUUGAAGAGAAAGGUAGACAUCAAUACUGCAUCAGGAAAGAAUUUUAGUUAUGAUGACUUGCCAGACAGUCAAUCACCUUCAAAGGGAAGAAGCUCUAUAUUGGGUUUGGAUCUUAAGGCAAACAAUGACAAUGAAACUUUGGAGGAAUCUCGUUUAGAAAGUGGUAAGGAAUUAAGCUAUGGAACCUUGAAGGGUGGUUUUCGCAAUAAAGGUUACAGGAGACCGCCAUAUAUUAAAAAUACAUCGAAUGAUGUUUCAUCUUCUUUGGGGGACACUUCAAUCCAGAAUGAGAGAUCUUUGCCUACUGUAAGGACUUCCAUUGGUUUUGAUGCUCCUGUUCAGGAAAAGUAUGCUAGGGAAGUGAGCAGAGGAAACAGGACUGUGGGCUUGAGAGCGCAUGACACAUCUUCUGAAGAUGGCUAUGAUCCGGUUGCAUACUCUCAGGAGACUCUUUCUAGUAGUACUCAUGAACCUCGCAUUCAGAAAGUGCAAAGUGAAGCAAAAAAGAAAUCAAGCUCACGGGCCUCUGUUCCAUACUUUGAUUCUGAUAAUACUGAUUCUGAGAAUGAACUUCCUAAACAAAAUUCAGCUAAUAUUGCCCGUCCUGUUAGUGGAAUGUCUCAAAGGACAUCAGCUUCUUCAAAAACUGGUACUGGUUUAAGUUCAAAGGAUGCGCCUUUAUCUGAGGCUUCUGUGACUCCUGGUAAAAGACUUGGAUGGAAAUCUUCAAGGAUUUCUUAUGACAGUAAAAAUCAAAAUGCCGUAUCCAUAACGAAGAGCUCUGAAAAUUGGAGAGAGUCUAAGCCUGGAUCAGCUAAAAUUAAAUCAUCUGAAUCAAUUUCAGAAUCUAAUAGAUCCUUGGAUGAGGAAAUUCCGAAGUCAGAUGCAAGGGUGCAACCUUCCAGUUCUCUUCCUAAAACAGUGAUACAAGAUAGUGAAGAGGGUCAAGAGGCUACAAAAUCUUUAAAUUCUGAUGGAGAUACGCCAUCUAAGCAGAAGGCUGGGCACGUUCAUCCAAAGUUACCUGACUAUGAUUCCUUUGCUGCCCACUUCCUGUCUCUUAAGAAGGGUCGUCAAUAACUUUCCCUUGCUUGCUUACAGCAACAUAGCUACUCGUACAUAGUCUUGAUGGUUUAUCUGUCUUCUGCAUCCUGUAUUGUUACAAAUAGAUGCGUGAUUUAUGAUUCAAAAUAUUUGAGGAAUAAAGAUGCGACGUGUUCUUUGUGUAUAAAUUGAGUCAGGGUUUAGGUUUGACCCUCAUUUUUGGUACUGUAUUUCAGGCUACAACGUUUAGUUUGAAUAUUUCAUUGUAAAUAUUCCGCGAUUGCGUUGUAUGUUCAUUCAACUUAGCUGAGUUAUACCUAAGUUAUACUAUAUUCUUUCAUACUCAUGCGCUCAUUAACACCACAUUCAUUUCAUAACAAUUCGUUGUUUGCUAGCAGGAGGAUUAUUUGUUCGGGUUUGGGGAGCCAUGCCAAUGAUUCAACCGAUGUGAAUUUACAAUCAAGAGCUAGGAGUUAAUCGGAGAGAUUUUUUACUCUAUGCCGUUGAAUUAUGUUUGCUGACAUCAGUGUGACAGAUUUUUUCAGUGUGGAUUAGUGGCACGUCAAAUUAUGAAUCUUAUGUAUGUUUUAAUUGAGUUUAUUUUU